UUGAAUGCUUUAAAUUAAAACAGUUUAUAUAAAACUAUACUAGAAAGUGAUUUAAUAUGGUUGAAAAAAUGCUGAAUACAAUGAAAGAAGCUGUAGGUUACACUGCGAGGUAAAUGAACAGGCCUCAUUUUAAGUUUCAAAGCACUCUGACAAAAAAAAUACUCAAAAGUUUAACAAUAAUAUUUCAAACUGAAUGGCUGACUAAAGUUUCUACUUUCUUACAGUGAGCUGUGCAAAUUUUGAAAUGCUGCUUUUUAUACAGUCAGCACUGAAUUAUGUGGUGACAGGUAAAUCCUGUAGCUUACAUCUUUAUAAGCAUCAAAUUUAGUAGGUAUACAUUGAUUAAAAUCGUCAGACUAUUGAUUCUCGGAAAACGUAUCAUAAAAGCUUUAGGAGUAUUUUUCUGCAUAUCUCUGCUUUUUGUUAGAUUUUGAAAAAAUACAAACGAAUAAAUGAGAAUAAUUAGACGAAGAAACGUGAUGUACAUGCUGCCAGAUAUGUCACAAUAUGAAUAUGCUGCAAACUAUUUAUUAAGACAAAUAUUGAUGACUUUCAUUCUUUGAUAAUACAUAUUUUUUUAAUGUUCAGCCAAAUACUUCAUCAGCAGAAUGGAAGACAUAUGUCACUUUCAGUGAUUCUUGCUUUACAUUUUACCAACCAUUCACAGUGAUAUUAAAGUACACCUUUGUUUAACAAAUCAAUAAUCUUCACGUGAUACACAAGUCUACAUAAUAUAUGUGUACGCAUAAAAUAGCAUGCAAAGAUCAAAUUACUCAUAAAAUUUUACAUGCCAGAGAAGUGUGAGGCAAGGCAUAAAUUGUGUACAAGUUGUUAACAUUGAACUUUUGAAAUUUAUCCACUUAUCAUUAUUAUUAUUAUUAUCGCCGCACACAAAUGGAACCAGAAAAAGCCAUUGUUAAAAGUACUGGUAUGCCAGAGGAAAUGCAAGAACACGCAAUUAAAACAUGCCUGAAAGCAAUGAAAACGCAUAGAUAUGAUAAAGAUAUAGCUAGUGCAUUGAAAAGAGAAUUCAAUAACAAAUAUGGACGUACAUGGCACUGUGUUGUUGGCUGUAGUUAUGGAAGCAAUGUCAGUCAUACUGAAGGUGGAUUAAUGUACUUUUUCCUGGGUCGAAGAUCUAUUCUCUUAUUUAAAACGGAAUCUGAGUAA